AUGACCGACAGUAAGGUCCCUCAACCGGGACCCGCCAAGUUGAAGCGCAAUGCUGGCCCUGACGAGUGGCUGGAGGCCGCCAAGGACUGCAAGUAUCUCUCCGAGGCUCAUAUGAAGCAACUGUGUGAAAUGGUCAAGGAGUUUAUGAUGGAAGAAACUGAUCAGUCUUGCGUUCCCUCGUCAAAAGAGUCCAACAUUCAACCUGUAUCCACCCCCGUCACGAUCUGCGGUGAUAUCCACGGCCAAUUUUACGACCUGCUCGAACUCUUCCGCGUGUCGGGCGGCAUGCCUGAUGGCUCUGCGCUGGACGCUCCCAAAUCCUCCUCCUCCGUUAUCACAUCGGCCGAUAUCGAGCCACCCACCACUAUCACCGAUCCAAAGCUCCGGAAGAAGUUGCGUGGGCCUAGUGCCAAGGUCAAGGCAGACGGGGAUGAGGAGACCGGAGAAGACACUGAAGGAAAUGCCGCUUCGCACAGCCGCUCCAACAGCCAAACAUCGGCCGAUUUGCAGCUCAAGAGCAACUUUGUGUUCUUGGGUGAUUAUGUUGAUCGCGGAUAUUUCAGUCUGGAGACUCUAACGCUAUUACUCUGUCUGAAGGCCAAGUACCCCGACCGAGUGACGUUAGUCCGCGGUAACCACGAGUCACGCCAGAUCACACAAGUCUACGGUUUCUACGAGGAAUGUUUUCAAAAGUACGGCAGCGCCUCGGUGUGGAAGGCUUGUUGCCAGGUCUUCGAUUUCAUGACGCUGGGCGCCAUCAUCGACGGCAAGGUGCUCUGUGUUCACGGUGGACUCAGUCCCGAAAUCCGAACGCUGGACCAAGUGCGGGUUGUUGCCCGUGCGCAGGAGAUUCCUCACGAGGGUGCCUUUUGUGAUUUGGUCUGGUCCGAUCCCGACGACGUGGAGACGUGGGCAGUGAGCCCCCGUGGUGCAGGUUGGCUCUUUGGCGAUCGCGUGGCGGACGAAUUCUGCCACGUCAACGAUCUCACCCUGAUUGCACGCGCCCAUCAACUGGUGAACGAGGGUUACAAAUACCACUUCAAUAAUCAGAAUGUGGUGACUGUGUGGAGUGCCCCCAAUUAUUGUUAUCGCUGCGGCAACUUGGCCUCGGUGUGCGAGAUUGGGGAGGACUUGAAACCCUCCUUCAAACUGUUCAGUGCUGUGAGCGAUGAUCAACGACACAUGCCCGCCUCGCGGCCGGGCCGCAGCGAAUAUUUCUUGUAA